CUUAAUGCAGUCAACGUGCUCCGACAUGGUUACUAAAUCUCCCCACGCGCGCUUUAUGGCGCGUUAAGUAUUCCCUCCUUUCCAUGCACUGGAUUGAAAUCCACGCGCUGAUGUGGGCGUAGAUGGAGAGCAACGUCCACUCGCUCUUUAAAACCUCCGUCGUCGUUCCUUCAAACGGUACUAUAAAGCCAUAACCUCUCUCUCUUCUUCUUCUUCCCAAAUUAGUAACCUUAAAACCUUAAACAUUACAACAAUGGCGGAACCUGCUGUAGACAGUUUCUACAAUUCUAGCUUCGAGAUUGAGAACUCGUUCUCCGAUCUCGACGUUGACUUCGAGUUGACUUUCGACGACCUCUACUUCCCUUCUGAGAACGAAUCCUUCUUCAUCCCUGUUGAGGUGGAGGAGGAAGCUACUACUACGUGUAAGACGUCCAUGACGAAGAGGAAGAAGGAGAUUGAAGAAGAUGAUGAGAAGAGGGACGCGAGACUUGUUAGAAACCGUGAAAGCGCUCUGCUUUCGAGGCAGAGGAGGAAGCAUUACGUAGAGGAGCUAGAAGACAAAGUCAAGAGCUUGCAAUCCGUUAUAACGGAUUUAAACAGUAAAGUCUCUUACUUUAUGUCUGAGAACGCUUCUCUGAGGCUGACGGUGGGUCCCGGAAAGGGCAUGUGCUGGCCACCGCUUGUUCCGUGGAUGCCGUAUCUAGGUUCUCAUCAAGUAGUGCCUUUGCUUCCUAUUCCUCGGUUGAAACCGCAACGACCCGUGGCUAAGGUGAAGAAGACCAAGAAGGUUGCUAGUGUUAGUGUUCUUGGUCUUUUGUUUUGUUUGUUUUUGUUUGGUGCAUUGGUUCCUAUUAUUGUGAACGUUAGCUACGGAGGAAGAGUUUUAGAUGUGUCAGUUAAUAGUAGUAGUGGGAGAGGUAACUUAUCUGCAACAGAGAACUAUGUGCCUCUUGGUAAUGGUAGUGAGCUACUAGGUGCAUCACUAUUUGUUCCGAGGAAUGAGAAGCUUGUGAAGCUCGAUGGAAACUUGAUUAUUCAUUCUAUUUUAGCUAGCGAGGAAGACACAGCUUCUGACUCCACAAGGACUAGGGAUAUGUCUAAGUACCUAAACACCGAAAAGCGGAAAACUGAUGAUUCGAAAGAGAAACUCAACUCAACAAGAACCAAUGGUGAAGUGCAGCAAUGGUUUCGCGAAGGCGUUGCAGGACCAAUGUUCAGUUCAGGGAUGUGCACCGAAGUGUUUCAGUUUGAUGUCUCCUCAACCUCUGGAGCCACCUUUCCUACUUCUCCAGCUACUCAGCAGCACAAGGGAAACAAUAACAGAAGAAUCCUCCGUGAUGGUCAUCCUCUAUCUAAUCUUAACCUAAGCAAAGAUCAAAACAGCUCUAACAAAGAGAACUCCAGCACAAACAAGUCAUUCCCAUCAAUGGUUGUAUCUGUCCUUAUUGAUCCCAGAGAAGAAGGCAGUGAUGGAGUUUUCAUAGUGGUUCUUGUUGAUAAUGUGAAGUAUGUAACCUACUCCUGCGUCCUUCCACGACCAGAAGAAGUCCCUCAUCUUGUAACCACUUGA